AUGAAAAACAACGUUAAGGCAACCAUUCUAGCAUUCAAACUUGCACAAGCCAGAAUCUUAGAUUCCAAGAGGAAGUUUGAAGAAGCGAGCAAGAAGUACCACAAGAUCAGUUUCACGGCCAACUUGGACAAAGAAGAGCAAGAGAGCUGUUUAUUGCCCGCAGUUGUCUGUGGAGUCUUGGCCCCAGCAGGACCAAAUCGGAAUCGGCUUUUGACAAACUUGUUCCAAGAUGAAAGGAGUGUGAACUUGCUGGAUUACAAGAUCUUGUCAAAGAUGGCCUUGGGACCAAUUAUUCAAGACAAUGAGAAUGAGAUGGUUGAGUUUGAGAAGCAUUUGAAAGCUCAUCAAUUAGCUAAACUGUCCAAUAUGCUGGAAGUUUUGGAUGAUGAGGAAGAGAAUUCAGCAGCAAAGAUGAUGAUCACAACAGAAAGAAGGCCAUUAAAGAAAGGUCCAGAGAACAUGUUCAACUGGGUGGUGAUGCAACACAACUUGUUACCAGCCAUCAAGAUCAUGGCCCGGACAAUGAUCCAGGAGAACAGACUGAAGGCCUUGAUCAACCGGGUCAACAAGUUGAUCACCUUCAAGAAUCCCAGCAAUGCCUUGGAGGAGGAUGUUGUUGUUGGCAACGUUGCCGCCGCUUCUAUUGCAGUCGGCGAAUCUGGCAACACCAAGUGA